CAAUAUGUUAUCGGCGUGGACGAGGCUGGACGGGGUCCGCUGGCGGGACCGGUGGUUGCCGCCGCCGCCGUUGUACCGAUUGAUAUUGUUGGUAUCGCCGACAGCAAAACUCUUACGCGUGAGUCUGUAAGGGAAGAACUGUACGAAAAGAUUGUCUCCUCAGACAAUGUCCGAUGGGCAGUUGCGGUGAUCGACUCGGCUCGCAUUGAUGAAGUCAAUAUUCUGCAAGCAACAUUGCAAGGAAUGCGUCUGGCAGCGUCAGCCGUCGCUGGAAUAUCUGAAGUUCCUGACAAUGCCUUUUAUGCCUUGCUUGAUGGCAACCGACUUCCGAAAAAAAUGGCAAUGCGUGUCGAAACGAUGGUGAAAGGUGACUCGAGAGAAUAUUCAAUCGCAGCCGCCUCAAUAUUGGCCAAGGUGACUCGCGACCGCUUAAUGCACGGGUACGAUAAGUUGUAUCCGGAGUACAACUUGGCACAGCAUAAGGGGUAUCCAACGGCAGCACAUAUGGACGCCGUCCGCAAGUACGGUGCUUCGCCGAUUCAUCGGCGGACAUUCGCUCCCUUGAAG